AUGGGGAAACCGCUAACUCUGAUCAGGGAGCUCGUCGAGCUGCCACUCAGGCAUCCACAGAUCUUCAAGACCAUUAGCGUCAAGCCUCCCAAGGGCAUCCUCCUCUACGGCCCUCCCGGGUCGGGCAAGACGUUGAUCGCCCGCGCGGUGGCGAACGAGACGGGGGCCUUCUUCUUCCUUAUCAACGGCCCGGAGAUAAUGUCCAAGAUGGCUGGAGAGAGCGAGAGUAACCUGAGGAAGGCCUUUGAGGAGGCCGAGAAGAACGCGCCCUCCAUCAUCUUCAUCGACGAGAUCGACUCCAUUUCCCCUAAUAGGGAGAAGACUCACAGUGAGGUCGAGAGGCGCAUCGUCUCCCAGCUACUGACUCUGAUGGACGGCAUGAAGGUCCACGCGCAUGUCAUCGUCAUGGGCGCCACGAACCGUCCCAACAGCAUCGACCCUGCCUUGAGGCGCUUCGGAAGGUUUGAUCGCGAGAUCGACAUCGGCAUGCCGGACGAGGUCGGGCGUCUCGAAGUGCUCCGCAUCCACACCAAAAACAUGAAGCUGGACUUGGAUGUCAACCUAGAGGUGAUUGCCAAGGAUACACACGGCUACGUCGGCGCCGACUUGGCCGCGCUCUACACUGAGGCGGCGCUACAGUGCAUCAGGGAGAAGAUGGACGUCAUCGACUUAGAGGACGACACCAUCGACGCCGAGAUCUUGAACUCCAUGGCCGUCACCAAUGACCACCUUAAGACGGCUCUCGUCGGCACGAACCCCCUCAACGGCGUCAAGAGGGAGCUGCAAGAGACCGUCCAGUACCCGGUUGAGCACCCAAAGAAAUUCGAGAAGUUUGGCAUGUCGACGUCCAAGGGUGUCCUCUUCUACGGGCCACCAGGCUGCGGCAAGACCUUGCUGGCGAAGGCGAUCGCCAACGAGUGCCAGGCCAACUUCAUCAGCAUCAAGGGGCCAGAGCUGCUCACCAUGUGGUUCGGUGAGAGCGAGGCCAACGUGCGUGAGAUCUUCGACAAGGCGCAUCAGUCCGUGCCGUGCGUGCUGUUCUUCGACGAGCUCGACUCCAUUGCAACUCAAAGGGGCGGCAGAGUGGGCGACGCCGGCGGCGCGGCAGACAGGGUCCUGAACCAGCUGCUCACUGAGAUGGACGACAUGAAUGCCAAAAAGACGAUCUUCAAGGCAUGCCUCAGGAAGUCUCCCGUGGCCAAGGACGUCGACCUCGGUGCGCUCGCAAGGUUCACUUCCGGCUUCAGUGGCGCCGACAUCACGGAGAUCUGCCAGAGGGCGUGCAAAUUCGCCAUCAGGGAGGACAUUGAAAAGGACAUGGAGAGGCAGAGGAUGGGAAAAGACACCAUGGAGGUGGACGGCGGGCAGGAAGAGGAGGAGGUGGCUGAAAUAAAGGCGGCUCACUUCGAGGAGUCGAUGAAGUACGCGAGGCGGAGCGAGAGCGACACCGACAUCAGAAAGUACCAGUCGUUCGCGCAGACGCUGCAGCAGUCUAGGGGGUUCAGCACCGAGUUUCGCUUCCCGGCGCAGCCACAGGCAGCAGAAGCUGCUGUCCACACCUCCGCGGCAGCUGAUGAGGAUGAAGACGAUCUGUACAAGUGA